AUGUCUCUCAUCAAACCCUCUGUUACGAAGCUCAGUGGCCGGACCAUUGCCGAGUCGUAUCUUCUCACGAAGUUCAUCGCUGCAGGAGCCUGUGGUGCUGUAUACUACGCCCUCAAUACCGUCUCGACCGAGCAGCCAGAGUAUGCCAUCAAGGUUCAGCGCAAGCGUCUGCGCUCCCGACGUCGACUUGCGGCUCUCCGACGCGAGAUAGAACUUCACCAUCGAGUCUCUACCCACCCAAAUGUCGUCACCCUCCACCGCACCUUUGAAGACUCAGAUUUCGUCUACGUCUUCCUCGAUUUCAAGCCCUUUGACCUGUUCACCGCCAUCGUUGAGAAGAAAUUUUACUGGAUGCAGGGAGAUCUAUUGAAGGAGGCUUUCUGCGGUUUGAUCGAUGCUGUCGCCUUUUGCCAUGACCAAGGUGUCUACCAUGGAGAUCUCAAACCAGACAACGUCUUAGUCUCUGAAGAUGGCCGUCAUGUUUGGCUUGCAGAUUUUGGUCUAGCUACCGACCUCCCUCUGUCCCGCGAUUUCGGUGUGGGUAGCCCAGGUUACUUGAGCCCAGAGUGUCUCAACGACAAGUUCUCCACCAGCGGAGUUUUCUCGACGUCCAAACGUGACAUCUGGGCCAUGGGAAUCCUUUUAAUGAUUACGGCUCACAAUCCCUGGAGUCACGCAACUACCUCCGACCGCAACUUCGCGGCCUUUCUCCUUCACCCAAACUCUAUUCGCAAUGGUCUCCCCAUAUCUCAAGAAGCGAGCGAGGUCAUCAGCCGUAUCCUUGCCUUCAUACCCUCCGCUCGUCUCAGCCUCGCAGACAUGUACGACCAAGUCUCCCGAAUCGGUAGCUUCUUCAUGUCGGAUGCGGAGAUCGGAGAAGGCUCCGAGAUCGUUAGGGAAAUCGUCGCCCAAGCUCAAGCUCAAGCUGAAUUCCAAGAUCAAUCUCACACCGAUGCUGACAUCGUCAUUCACGUCAAGGAGACAUCCAUCCCAGAGUCUUCCGACAGCGUCCCAGAGCUCAGAUAUACUGGACAGCGCGGUGGACCAUCAUCCGCUUCUGACAGCACUGGGCCUGUCACCCCCAAUACUCGACCAUACCCUUCUGCGCGUUCUGCCGACAAGGUCUCCACCCAAAACAAGGAAGCUGGAUCGUCGAGUGUCCUCGUCGUGGAUUCAUCCAUUUCGUAUGAUGUGACUCGACCUGAAGAUCCAGCACGUCACCUCGCAUGCGAUGUCCCGCCUGCACCCCGUGGUCCACACCAUCAAAACCCUCAUCUCGGUCACACCAAGAAGCCAAAACGCCAGAUUGGGCGAUCAUUUUCGAUGGAGUUGACGGAGAUGCUCGAAUCGCUUCUCCUGCCAGAGACCGUAUAG